AAUUAAAAAUAAAAUUUUCUGUUUAAUAUGUGGAGACAUAUCAAAUGGAAGACAUUUUACAUUACAAACAUGUGAAUCGUGUAAAAUAUUUUUUAAGAGACAUAUCAGUGAUGAUAUUACUAAUAAAUCGCAAUUAAUGUGUGCAUCCAAUGGAAAUUGUAUUAUAAAUGUUUCGACAAGAAAAUCGUGUACUAAAUGCCGAUUAAACAAAUGUUAUUUAAUGGGUAUGAAACAGCAAUUGGUUUACAAAAGGAUAAAAUUGAAUGUUAAUAAUAAUAAUAAUAAUAAUAUUACUGAUUUGGAUAUUAAUUCAAAUGAAUCGAUAGUCAGUGAUGACGAUUGGUAUGAGUUUACCAAAUGGUUGGACAACAACAACAAUAGCCUGAAUAGGGAGACAAAGUCGGAUCAAAUUGAAAAAGAUAGUCAUGUAUUCAUCAAUACUGUACGCAUACCUCAGCCGAUGGUUGACUUUCAGGGUCUGAAUCAGUUACAAAUCAAUCGCAUAGACGAGUUGUUAGCCGCUUCCCGUGUAUUACAACAUAGGGUCAGCAAAAACAUUAUCCAUUUGAAUAGCAAACAAAAUAUCUUGAGAUUAACUCAACACCGAAAUGAACAGGGAGUUCGUGAGCUCAUGUAUUCCAUCAAACAAUUGCACACAUAUAGCCAACUGUGCGCCAAUGAUCAAUGGUCACUGGUCAAACACGGAUCACUGGAUCAAAUGUUAAUCAAGAUGCUCUACUAUUUUGAUACUAAUGUCAACAAUUUUAUCUUUUAUAUUGAUACUAACAUAUCGCUGAUGAUUGAUUUGGAUGACAACUACUGGUCAACUACACGACAUCGUAUUGAUAGUCCAGUAACUAAAAUGUAUAUCAAAUUUAUAACCAAUUUGUUGACCCAAUGUCGAUGUGAUCCGGUUAUCAUUGUAUUGCUGUCGGCUAUAGCAUUGUUUAACCCUAACCUACCUGAUCUCAAGUACAGGGAUGUAAUCAAACUUGAACAACAAUUAUACAUAUAUUUAAUGCAACAAUAUUUGCAAUGGAAAUACCGGUCCGAUUAUGACUGGAAACACCGAUUGCAGACCAUAAUGACAUCACUGAUCGAUUUGCAGACAUUCAGUAACAUACAUAAGCGCGUUGAACAUAACGACUAUCAACAAUAUAAGUCAUAUUAUGGACCAUUAAUUAGAGAAGUUUAUAAUUUUUAA